AAAAAAAAACCCACGAAACCGAACAAAAGCACAGGGAAUGGACGUCCAAGCGAUGGCCAGCCCGCCGCGCCCUGAUGCAGACAUGGGGGUUUGAAGGCUCUGUGGGUGCUUGCGGUGACUCCAACUCCCCUGCCGAUGAGAGGCAAGUUUGUCAAGCCGCCAGUCCCGGUGCGCGCCACCGAUCUGAAUGGGAUCGUCCUCGACGACGCCUGCUUCGGCGGAGAGGGCCCCCACCACGUGUUCGUCAUCGGCGACUGGGGCGGCCUGCCCGACGGCAGCGGCUCGGUGAAGCCUGCGUGGAAGAUGGAGCGGCAGAUGCUGCCCCCGAUAGACCUGGACCCGCAGCAGCGCGUGGCCGGUCGGAUGCAGAAGAGGGCGGUCAACGGCAGUUGGCCCAAGUACAUCUUGAACGUGGGCGACAGCUUCUAUUGGGGCGGCAUCAACGCCAACUGCGGGGCGCCGCCUUUCCAGUACGUGGAGACGGGCCAGUUCACCGAGGCGUUCGAGAAGAUAUACACUGGCCAGGGUAUCGACGACGUCCCCUGGCUGGGCGUCCUCGGGAACCACGAUUAUGGCGGCCACCACUUUACCGCGGCGUGGGACCAGGUCAUCGGCUACACGUGGACCAGGCCACCCCCGUGGACCGGCCGCUGGGUGAUGCCAGCCCAGUACUGGAGCGUCACGGUGCACUACCCCGAGGCCGUGCCCGCUUUCUCAAUCGAGUAUCUCGUAGCUUUGGGCAACAUUUUCGACGCUGCGGGCUCAGGCUCGGACCCGGAGCACAACAUCUGCGGUGCCAAGCACAACCCCCCCGGCGCAUCGUGCGGCCCCCAGGGUCCCGUGUCCCUGGCGGACUGCCACGGCUAUUUCGCGCGGCUCUGGGAGGAUCGGGGGACCAGGCCAGGUGGGCCGAGGCCCUGUUGGCAAAGUCCAAGGCCGAGUGGCAGGUCGUGGUCACCCACUUCCCCACGUCGUACGGCACGGUUUUCUGGAAGGACAUGUCCCUCAGACACGGCAUCGACCUCAUUGUGUCCGGCCACCAUCAUUACCAGCAGGUGCGCUACCAUGAUGAGAAUUCGGAGGGCGAGGACACUCUCGGGCCAACGGCGUGGAUAGUCUCUGGCGGUGGUGGGGGCAUCGUCUCCGAGAGCAACCCACAUGAGGAUGGCCAUGACGACCAGUACGGCUUCAUCGACCUCUCGUUCACUGCGGAGGAGAAAUGACGAUCGAGGCCAUCUCGCACGGCGGGCACCUCCGGACCACCAAGACGGUCCAUGGGGCUUGCUUAGUUGGCUAGCCAGUCAUCAUCUUCGGCCUCCUCUCAUCGUCGUUUCCUUCCAGCAGUGAAGAUGCGUCUUGGCUUCCUAAUAGGCCCGCUCAAGAAUGUUCCAAGAUUUCAACGAAACGUGUAUACAGCAGGAUCCCGUAUACUCCAGGAUCCGCUUUUUUUUGCGAGUUCCAGUGCGGCGCCAG